UGAAGUCAUGCUCUUCUACAUCAGACAUAUCAUUUGCGUAAUUUUUAAGUCUUACUGAACUGAUUAAAAUGGUAUCAUGCUUUUUCCUAAGUUCUUUGCCAUUCAUUUCUUGCCGGUAGGAGUCAUCGGCGAGAAACGAAUGAGCGCAACAUGCACUAGGUCUGUAGCAAGACACUACCUAUACCCUCAGCUAGCCAACCGGCAACGCCAUCGGAGUUAAGGACAGUGGAUACGGAUAACUUCCUCUUCGGGAAGACCGUUGGCGUCUCACGAUAUUAGUCAAAUGUAUCGUAGGCUGUAUUUAUUCUAAUUCCCCAGCUCUGAAUUAUUGCAGAGACCAUUGUCUUAUCGGUCAGUUCUAAACAAGCUCAUUCUUAGUUAUUCGAUAGCGUUGAAAGCGAAAAGAGAGAAAUGGCGUUACCCUUUCCAAUACCGACGUCCCUCUCCCCGGCUUUCUCCAUGUCCCGCUGUACCGCCGCAGACGCGGAUGCAUUGGCCGAGAUAUACUACGUCGCGUUCCAGACGGACCCGCGGAACACUUUUUGGUGGCCGGAAGAUAAGGAGACUAUGGUGGCGUGGAUGAAGCGUCGCAUCCGUAAAAAGAUGGCAGAUCGGAGCACUAGACAUUUCAAGAUUACCGACGUACUGAGCGGCGAGGUGGUGGCAUUUACUAGGUGGGACAUACCUGGAGGCCACGAGAUAGUCUUCGGGGAGUGGGUUGAAGAUGAAGUGGCUGCCGUCGACGUAUCUCAGGUCGUCACGGCAGACCGUGGUGCGGGAGGUGCGGCGCAAGGAGAAGACAUGCCUGUGAACAGCGCGCCUGUCGAGGCUGCUACGCCCCCUACGAUUGAUAUCCCGGAAGGCGCCCGACCAGAACUGUGUGCUAUUUUCUUCAAUGCUCUAAAGGAUAUGUCAGAGAAACAGAAUGCGAAGACCAUGCUAGGUCUAUCGCUCCUGUGCACGUCGCCAAAUUAUCACCGGAGGGGUGCUGCGAAGGCAAUGAUGUUGCCCAUGCUAGCUCUCGCCGACGCUCGCGGCCUCAAGGUGUACCUUGAAGCAACGCCCGAUGGCAAGCCGGUGUAUGAAAAAUUGGGCUUUCGAGAGAUAGAUGAGCUCACAUUUGACCUCAAGGAGUUAACAGGCACGUUUAAAGAGACAUACAAGAUCUCAAUUAUGGUACGGGAGCCAACUGUGAUAUGACAGCAAAAGGAGGUUGUUGUUUGUUACCCAUAUCUAAGUAUCCAAGGGGACCUUGGUCUCUCUGAGUAGGACUAAUACAUAUAUUCUAUGUCAAGCAAACUUCGUCGGCACCGGCUUCAUUUCUAACACUCCGUUCGGGCUACAUAUUCGGACCAUCUCCUAUGAAGCCGUGAUGCAAUGGCUGUCGAUGAAUGGUUUCGUAUGGUCCUGCUUUCGAUGAGUGUUACUUGGGGAAGGGAUGAAUCCUAACCCCUUACGAUGGCAAUACAGGGCCGAGAUUUGGGCUUUCUAGAUCAGAUCGUAUAUUGAUCCAAUCUAUCUCCCUUGACGGAUAUUUGAGAUCCCUUUUUAGCUAGAGGUUCAUGAUUGCCUUUAUGGAUUAGGUGCUUGAGUACACAAAGCAAAAAGGAAUUGAAUCUCAAUUUGGGUAGAUCAACGCUGAUGAGUCUGGCAAGGCCGAUUAUUAGAGCGAAUUUCAGCUACAUCCGAGACUAAUAUACCUAGGUAGUGAUAACCAUGAUUUCAC